AUGGAGCAGCUUAUUAACUUCAUUAUAAGGCCACCCAGAGCUGAAUACAAUCCAAAAAAUGAUUUGUUAGAUGAAGAAUUUAUGCUAAAAGGCAAGUGGUACCAGAGGAAAGAUUUGGAGGUCGUAAAUAGUCGAGGGGAUAAACUACAAUGUAGCCAUUACAUGCCUAUUGUUCGUCCAAAUGGAAAUCCACUGCCCUGCGUGGUUUACUGCCAUGGGAAUAGUGGUUGCAGAACAGAGGCUAGUGAAGCUGCUAUUAUAUUGUUGCCAUCAAAUAUAACUGUUUUUACACUUGAUUUCUCGGGCUCUGGGAUAUCUGGAGGAGAGCAUGUCACUCUGGGCUGGAAUGAAAAAGAUGAUUUGAAAGCUGUUGUUAAUUACCUUCGUGCAGAUGGGAACAUUUCAUUGAUCGGCUUGUGGGGCCGCUCUAUGGGUGCUGUUACCAGUUUGAUGUAUGGAGCUGAAGAUCCUUCAAUAGCUGGAAUGGUGUUGGACAGCCCCUUUUCGGAUUUGGUUGAUUUGAUGAUGGAACUUGUUGAUACUUACAAAUUUCGCCUUCCCAAAUUCACUGUAAGCUGA